AUGGGUCUGUUCGACGAUGACCACCAUGGCCACAAUCACACUUGUCCAAUGCCAAUAGACUAUGCGGUCGAUGGCGAAAAGCCAUUCAUCGGCAGCAUAUCUUUUCAUAAAUUCAACAUGAUUCUCUCCGGAGGAUGUACCGUGCUUGUUAUCCUUACGGUAUUCAUUCUAAUGGCUCUCCACGCAACACAUCUCAGCAGGCCAAGGGAGCAGAUUAAGAUUAUGAAAAUUUCCGCCCUUUUGCCCCUGUACAGCAUAACGAGCUGGCUAUGUCUUGCAUUCCCUCAUCAAGCUGCUUAUAUCGAUCCAUGGAUCUCGGUAUUCGAGUCAGCCGCACUCGGCAGCUUCUUCCUACUCAUGUGCGAAUUCAUAUCGACCGACUCAAGAACGGAGCUCGAUCUGUUCUUCUCUGCAUUCCAAGUGCCUCAAAAGAAGGGAGAUAAAAAGCGAAUCGGCGGGCUCGCUUGGUUCAGAAAAAGCUGGAUCGCAAUUUUCCAAUAUCCUCCCAUCGCAGUGCUCAUCGCUAUCGUGACUGACAUUACAGAAGCGGCUAGUGUCUACUGUGAGGAGAGCAGCAAGCCUUACUUUGCGCAUAUCUGGCUGAUGGUGGUCGGUUCCUUCUCCUUGACUUUUGCCAUCACGUCGAUUUUCGGAUUCUAUACAGCUCUCAAAACGGAGCUCAAAGGACAUUCCCCGCUGCUCAAGCUUAUGGCAUUUAAAUUGAUUGUCGGUUUGUCUUUCUUGGAGACGAUCCUCUUCACUAUCCUCAAAUCCACCAACGCAUUGAAACCAAACUCGACCCUUACCUACGGAGACGUUAAUUUCGGUCUGCCCAAUCUCAUUGUCUGCCUACAGACCGUUCCAUUUGCCCUCUUCUUCCCCUUCGCCUACAGCCACAAGCCAUACCUUCUGUCUUGCCAAAAGGCCAGCGGUCUACUCACCGCAGAGUACAGCCAGGGUACAUACCAGAACCUGCCUGAAGAAACAGACCUCCUCCGCUACCAAGCUACUGGUGCAAUCAAGUUCGCUUUCAAUAUGGCGACGAAAGCCAAGGACCGGCAGAGUAGGACAGAUGUCUAUUCUCGUAGUCAGAACACAAACUAUGACAUGUCGUACGAGUCAGACCGGCCUUCAUCUAACGAACACCUCAUGUUGCCUGGAUAUGGCCAGAAUGUGUACGCCGGAUACGAGCCCGCUUAUGAUCCCCAUGGAAGAUCGCCUUCGCUGCAGGCGUUUGGGGACAGAAGGGAUGGGCCGCAUGGGCCGUAUUAG